GUGAGGCAAAAGAAAGACCCUUACUUUGGUGAUGGACAAAGGAAAAAGGACUGGCAUAACAAAGAAGCUAUAAGGAGAGACUCUGAGCGUGUAGGAAAUGGAGAGCAGGGAAAACCUUACCCAAUGACUGAUGCAGAGCGAAUGGACCAGGCAUACAGGGAAAAUGGCUUUAAUAUCUUUGUGAGUGAUAAAAUUUCCCUGAAUCGUUCCCUUCCAGACAUCAGACAUCCAAACUGCAAGAAUAAGCUGUACCUGGAGAAGCUUCCGAACACUAGUGUGAUCAUACCGUUCCACAACGAAGGAUGGUCCUCCCUCCUCCGGACAGUGCACAGCGUCCUGAACCGUUCCCCUCCUGAGCUGAUAGCGGAGAUAGUGCUGGUGGAUGACUUCAGUGACAGAGAACAUCUGAAGAAACGCCUGGAAGAUUAUAUGGCCCAGUUCCCAAAAGUAAGAAUCCUCCGAACCAAAAAGAGAGAAGGGCUGAUAAGAACUCGGAUGCUGGGGGCCUCCGUGGCCAUAGGGGAUGUCAUCACCUUCCUGGAUUCCCAUUGCGAGGCCAACGUGAACUGGCUGCCGCCUCUGUUAGAUCGCAUUGCCCGAAACCGAAAGACUAUCGUUUGCCCUAUGAUUGAUGUUAUUGAUCAUGACCACUUUGGAUAUGAGACUCAGGCCGGAGACGCAAUGCGAGGUGCAUUUGACUGGGAGAUGUAUUACAAGAGGAUCCCUAUUCCUCCUGAGUUACAGAAACUUGAUCCCAGUGAUCCCUUUGAGUCUCCUGUAAUGGCUGGAGGACUGUUUGCAGUCGAUAGAAAGUGGUUCUGGGAGCUGGGAGGGUAUGAUGCAGGUCUGGAGAUAUGGGGAGGAGAGCAGUAUGAAAUAUCCUUUAAGGUAUGGAUGUGUGGGGGUCGCAUGGAGGACAUCCCUUGCUCUAGAGUUGGUCAUAUCUACAGAAAAUAUGUUCCAUACAAGGUUCCAACAGGAGUCAGCCUAGCAAGAAACUUGAAGCGGGUGGCUGAGGUGUGGAUGGACGAAUAUGCAGAGUACAUAUACCAGCGCAGACCAGAGUACCGGCAUCUUUCUGCCGGGGAUGUCGCGGCUCAGAAGGAACUUCGCAACAACCUCAACUGCAGAAGCUUCAAGUGGUUCAUGAAUGAGGUCGCGUGGGACUUGCCAAAGUUUUACCCACCAGUGGAGCCUCCAGCAGCUGCCUGGGGAGAGAUACGCAAUGUAGGAACUGGACUGUGUGUGGAUACUAAGCAUGGAGCCCUGGGAUCCCCACUGAGGCUGGAAAACUGUGUGAAGGACAGAGGAGAGGCAGCAUGGAACAACGUGCAGGUAUUCACGUUCAGCUGGAGAGAAGACAUCCGACCCGGGGACCCUCAGCAUACCAAGAAGUUUUGUUUUGAUGCCAUUUCCCACAGCAGUCCUGUGACCCUCUAUGACUGUCAUGGUAUGAAGGGGAACCAGCUCUGGAGAUACCGAAAAGACAAGACCCUCUACCAUCCAGUAAGCAGCAGCUGUAUGGACUGCAGUGAGAGUGACCGGAAGAUCUUCAUGAAUAGCUGCAAUCCUUCAUCUCCAACACAGCAGUGGAUAUUUGAACACACAAACUCAACUGUCUUGGAAAAAUUUAACAGAAAUCUUGAUCUUUAA